GUUUGCAAGACUUUUAAAUUCUAAACCGUUGUCUUGAGGAGAAGCUGCAGUUUUCCCAGCACAUUUCUUCCAACACUUGGUUACGUUUGCUUCUCGAAAAGGCUUAUUUUCUACAGCUAAGAUUGAGGAUGAGCUCUGUAGAGGUGAAUGAUGAGAAUCGAGAGGUGGUGCCCCUCAGUGGAAAGCACUGUGCCAUGAAUGAUGAUAUUUUUAUGGUGGCAAAUCCAAGUGGAAGGCCCUCUAUCCUGCGACAGACUGAAAACCUACCCAGCAACAUUGUGUCCAAGGGCACAAAGGUUUGUUUUCAGACUCCAAGGAGAGACCCAGUCACAAAGAGAAUUCUGUCUCCCACUAAAACAUCCAAGAUGACAAGUGUUGAUGAAUGCACAAAAGCAAUAGAGUCAUUACAUCUGGAAAAAACUGAGUCUUCAAUUCAUGAUGUGGCUGACCAGCUUGUACCAAAACAAGAAUGCGAAAUUCCCCUUCCAAGCAGCGAGUACCAGUUGAAUUUUGAAAACCUUGACGCCAUCAACCCUUUUCAAUCAUCUAAUAAGAUGGCAUUGUCCCCAGUGACGCCUGUUGCUGAGACUCUCCCUCAACCCAGCCUGUCUAAAACAGAGUCUGCCUUAGAUGAGACGCUGCCUUUUAUUCAGUCAGUGGAGAACUCUCUUAAUGCGACAGAAGACAUCAGCUCUACAGACAGUAGUGUGGUGCUGGUGAUUAAAGCUCCCACAGACAAUCAAGAGCCUUGCACCAAUAUACCAUGUGAAACUCAGGAGAAACCUGCUGAGGACUCUCCUUUGCCAGUAAAAGGCUCAUACAGUUUUGAUUUUGACAACCUUGAUGCAGUGAAUCCUUUCCAGACAGGUGGCUCUAAAAUCCCAAACUCUCCUCCAUUAUGCAUACGCUUUCCACCUGAAAAGGAAGAGCAGGUCCCUGAGCAAGAAAUGUUGAGCCAACCUGAAGUAAAACCUGUAGCCACAGUCACUCCCAUCUCUGCCAAUAUGGAUAUGUCAAGUGAACCAGAAGCACAGCCUGACUUGACCACAGGAAGCGAUGGCCCUGUUAAACUUGAGUUUAAUUUUGAUGACAAUACGCACAAGAAAGUAAAGCCACCACCAAAAAAAAUGGGUGUCAAAAGGCCCUUAAGCCAGAAAGCCCCCAAAGGAGUGAAGCCCGUGCACAAAGCAGAACCACAGAAGGAGGCAGAGGAGCCCUGUAAUGAGCUUCCGAUAUCCAAAGGUGCAUACACAUUUGAACUCAGCAAGCUGGAUGACCCAAACUUCAAUCCUUUCGGUUCAAAGACUGGAAUCUGCAAUUCCCCUAUAAGUAAUGUAAAGACUAGUCCAGACUCUAAAAGCACCCAGGAGAAUGUGAAGGAGCCUGUACAGAAAGAAGCGAUCUCUUUGGAGUGCACAACUGAAGGUGUUCCGCCUAAUCUUGAAGAGGAUGUCCCUGUGAAGGCUGCUUGCGAACAAAGCUUCUCUUCUGAGGCUGAACACAUGAGUUUUUCAGAGCGCAAGUCACAUGGCAGCCUGAUGGAAGAGGAGUUUGUUCCAGGGGCGACAUUCCUGUCUAAUGACUUUGACGGACAGAUUGACUACCUGGAACAAUUCGGGUCCAGCAGUUUUAAAGAGUCUGCGUUGAGGAAACAGUCCUUGUACCUUAAGUUUGACCCCCUUCUCAGAGACAGUCCUAAGAAGGUCCCCGGUCCAGCUUCUGUGGCCCCUUCCCGGCCUGCAGCGCUCAUCUCACGUCUCGAAACACCAUUAUCUGAAAAGGACAUGUGUGGCUCACAGGAUGAUGACAUCAAACUGUUGGAUGUUGCUACUGAACCAUGUGCCCCACUACUGCAAAGUCCAGUACUUCACUUACCUCCUGUCCCUCAGCCGACAAACACAGAAGAAGCCAUAAUUGAAGUUCUGAAGUACAGCCAGAAAGACAUGGAUGCAGCCAUUGCCAGGGUCCAAACAGAGGCUGAAGAAAAGGAAAGGCAGUGGAGUGCCAAGUAUAACAAGCUACUUGACGAUGGUCAAGAAAUGCGAAAAAUCAUUGUGGAAUUUGAGCUUAUGAUUGCCAAAAUCAUGGCUGACCAGGAGAAGGAGAGAGAGGUGGCACAGGCCAAGCUGAAGGAGGCUCUGAUGGAGAAGGAUCAAGUGUCCAUGGACCUCAAUGCAAUGGAAAGGUCAUUUUCAGAUCUUUUCAAAAGACUGGAGAAGUACAAGACGGUCAUCGAGGGCUACAAAAAGAAUGAGGAUACACUGAAGGGCUGUGCUCAAGAUUACUUGGCCAGAAUUAAGAAAGAGGAGCAGCGCUACCAGACUCUGAAAGCCCAUGCCGAGGAGAAAAUCGGACAAGCGAAUGAGCAAAUCGCAGAGGUGCGCUCCAAGUUCAAGACGGAGCUGUCGGUGCUUCAGGCUCAGCUACGGCGUGAACAGCUCAAAGUGCAGUCACUGGAGAAGAGUCUUGAUCAGAAGGAAAAAGAGGCUGAAGAGCUCACUAAACUUUGCGAUGAACUUAUCAGCAAAGUGCAAAAGGGCUGAGCUUGUUUGUAAAUAUUUGUUUAUUAUAUGGCAUAGGUUGUCAAGUUGUUUUUUCAGUGUUCGUAAAUUGUAAAUAUAUAAUAAAAUGAUGUCUUAAUGUUUACUGUAAAUAUUGACAAUUUCUUAGGUCAUAGUUUACUAAUUUGGUCUUACUAAACAUUUCUCUGCAGAUACCGUUUUGUCUCAAAUGGUUAAUACUUUUAAGGAGAUUUAGACUGUGUGCUGGGAUGUCUAAAAUAUUUUGGGACAAAUAAAAACGCUAUUGUCUGGA